CUCUCUCUCCCCCCCCCCUCACAACCCCCUUGCAGCGGGGGGAGGGGCUCCUCCUCUCUCGCCCCUCAGAGACACGACGGGGACCCUCUUGGGAGGGGAGCAGAAAGGGGUCUCUCCCAGAAAGGGGUCUCUCUCUCCCCCCCCCCUCACAACCCCACUGCACUCCUCUCAUGGCGGAAGGGGAGCCCACCCUCUCCCUGCCGGGCCAAGGGGGUCUCUGGGCGCAGGAGAGCCUGUGGGGAGGAGGGGGGAGAGGAAAGGAAGCGCCCCUUCUCUCUCAGGCAGCCCCAUGUCUCUUCCCACCCCCGAGGCUGGGUCCAUCUCUGGGCUUCACAAAGGACCCCCCCUGGGCUGGGGGGGGAGGGACCCCCCUUUGGCUUCCCUGGGUCCGCCCCUCCCCCACUCUCCUGACCCACAGGGGGAGGGGCAGCCCUUCCCUCCUUCUCACUCAGCCUCUCCCCUCCCAGCCUCCCUGUUUGCAGAUUGAAAACCACCUCCUUCUCUCCCCGCAAACCCAGGUCACCCCCAGAUAUGAUGCCCCCCUGGCAGCCAUCUCGCCCCCUGCUGUGGGGAGGAGGAGGGGGGGCCAUGUCCCCGUGGAGCCCCCCCGAGGCAGCGCCGUCCCGUCCUCUUCCCAUCCCAACACAGGGAGGGGCUGCUCUGUCGAUGUAGCUCUAGGGGCAAGAGCAUCCCAAAAGGAACCGGAAGUGUCGCUGCGAAAUGCGCCGGAAGUUUCCAGGAAAGGGGAGGAGGGGCGUCAGUGGAGAACCCCCCCCCCAGCCCCUUCUAGUGCGGACAAGGAAAGCGGACUAAUCUGGAGCCAGGGAGGCGGAGGACCAAGAGGUUUCCUUUCCCCCCGCUCCUCCCUGUUGAAAGAAGACAAUGGAGAAGGCAGUCAAAAUUCUGGAGGGCCAUGUCCAAUGGGAAUAACAAAGAAACCAUAUAAAUUCAUGGAUUCUGAAAAGAGAGAGGAGAAACAAUUUGAAAGUAUGGAGUGUGGGAAGAGUUUCACUGACAGUGGAACACUUGGAAAACAUCAACGGACUCACACAGGAGAGAAACCAUUUAAAUGCAUGGAGUGUGGAAAAAGCUUUGGUUGGAGUUCAAACCUUCGUAUACAUAAACACACGCACACGGGGGAGAAACCAUAUGAAUGUAAGGAGUGUGGAAAGAGCUUCAGUCAGAUUGGACACCUUAGAAACCAUCAACGAACCCACACAGGGGAAAAACCAUAUAAAUGUAUGGAGUGUGGAAAGAGCUUCACCGAUAGUGGAUCAUUUAGAAAACAUCAACAGACACACACGGGCGAGAAACCAUUCAAAUGCAUGGAAUGUGUAAAGAGCUUCAGUCAGAGUGGAUACCUUAGAAUCCAUCAACGGAUUCACACAGGGGAGAAACCAUUUAAAUGUUUGGAGUGUGGAAAGAGUUUCAGUACAAAUAGAGGACUGAAUAUUCAUCAUAAAACUCACACUGGGGAAAAACCAUUUAAAUGUAUGCUGUGUGAUAAGAGCUUCACUGUCAGUAGAACACUUAGAAUCCAUUAUCGAAAUCACACCGGGGAAAAACCAUAUGAAUGUAUGGAUUGUGGAAAGAGAUUCAGUCACAGUGAAACACUGAGAAAACAUAAACAGAUUCACACAGGGGAAAAACCAUUUAAAUGCAUGGAAUGUGGAAAGAGCUUUAUUGAUGGUACAGCACUUAAUAUCCAUCAUCAAACUCACACAGGGGAGAAACCAUUUGAAUGUAUGGUAUGUGGAAAAAGCUUCAAUCGCAGUAGAACACUUAGAAUCCAUCAAUGGACACACACAGGGGAAAAACCAUUUGAAUGUAAGGAGUGUGGAAAGGGCUUCACUUCUAGUGGAACACUUAGAAUCCAUCAACGGACUCACACAGGGGAAAAACCAUUUGAAUGUAAGGAGUGUGGAAAGGGCUUCACUUCUAGUGGAGCAGUAAGAAGGCAUCAAUGGACUCACUCAGGGGAAAAACCAUUUAAAUGCAUGGAAUGUGGAAAGAGUUUUAUUGAGAGUAGAGACCUGAUAACCCAUUAUCAAACUCACACUGGGGAGAAACCAUUUAAAUGCACCGAGUGCGGAAAGAGCUUCAAUCGCAGUGGAACACUUAGAAAACAUCAACGGACUCACACAGGGGAGAAACCAUUUAAAUGCAUGGAAUGUGGAAAGAGCUUUAUUGAUGGUACAGCACUUAGUAUCCAUCAUCAAACUCACACAGGGGAGAAACCAUUUAAAUGUAAGGAGUGUGGAAAGGGCUUCACCAAUGUUGGAAAUGUUAGAAGACAUCAACGGACUCACAGUGGAAACCUUAGAAUUCAUCAACGGAGUCACACAGGGGAGAAACCAUUUACAUGUGUGGAGUGCGGAAAGAGCUUCAGUAAGAGUACAAACCUUUGUUCACAUGAACGAACUCACACAGGGGAGAAGCCAUUUAGAUGUAUGGAGUGUGGAAAGUGCUUCAGUCUGAAUUCAAACCUUAAGAAACAUCAACGGAUUCACACAGGAGAGAAACCAUUUGAAUGCAUGAAGUGUGGGAAAACCUUCACUUGUAGCGGAACUCUUAGAAGACAUCAAAGAAAUCACACAGGAGAGAAACCAUUUGAAUGUAUGGAGUGUGGAAAGAGCUUUAUUGACAGUGGAAAACUUAGACUACACCAACGGAUUCACACUGGGGAGAAACCAUAUAAAUGUAUGGAGUGUGGAAAGUGCUUCCGUCAGAGUGGAGCCCUUAGAGUUCAUCAACAGAUUCACACUGGGAAUAAACCAUUUAAAUGUAUAGAGUGUGGAGCGAGCUUCACUGACAGUUCAAGACUUAGAAUUCAUCAACGGAUUCAUACAGGGGAAAAACCAUUCCAAUGCAUGGAGUGUGGAAAGAACUUCAUUGAUAGUGGAAACCUUAGAAUUCAUCAACGCACUCACACGGGGGAGAAACCAUUUAAAUGUAUGGAGUGUGGAAAGAGCUUCAGGAACAGUGGAAAAUUUAAAAUACAUCAACGGAUUCACACUGGGGAGAAACCAUAUAAAUGUAUAGAGUGUGGAAAGUGUUUCACUGACAGUGAAACACUUAGAAUUCAUAAGUGGACUCACACGGGGGAGAACCCAUUUAAAUGUAUAGAGUGUGGAAAGUGCUUCAGUGCAAGUGGAAACCUUAAAAUUCAUCAGGUGAUUCACACAGGGGAGAAACCAUUUAAAUGUAUAGAGUGUGGAAAGAGCUUCCAUAAAAGUGAAACACUUAGAAUUCAUCAACGGACUCACACAGGGGAGAAACCAUUUAAUUGCAGGGUGUGCAGUAAGAGCUUCAUUGAUCGUGGAUCACUUAGAACCCAUCAUCGAAUUCACACAGGAGAGAAACCAUAUAAAUGUAUAGAUUGUGGAAAGAGCUUCAGUGGAAGUGGAACACUUAAAAAACAUCAACGGAUUCACACUGGGGAGAAACCAUUUAAAUGUACAGAGUGUGGAAAGAGCUUCAUUGACCAUGGAACACUUAGAAUUCAUCAACGGAUUCACACUGGGGGAAAACCAUUUAAAUGCAUGGAGUGUGGAAACAGCUUCACUGAGAGUCGAACACUUAGAAUUCAUCAGCUGAUUCACACAGGGGAGAAACCAUUCAAAUGUAUAGAGUGUGGAAAGAGCUUCACUGACAGUUCAAAACUUAAAAUUCAUCAACAGAUUCACACAGGGGAGAAAUUUAAAUGCCUGGAGUGUGGAAAGAGCUUCAGUGCAAGUCGAACACUUAGAAUUCAUCAACGGAUUCACAUGGAGAGUGGAAAGAAUUUUCGUCCAAGUGAAACACUUUGAAAAUUUCAAUAGACUCUCAAAGGGCAGAGACCAUUUCAGUGUAUGCAUUGUGCAAAGAAGUUCACUGAUAUUGUAAAACCUAGAAGACAUUAAUAAGCUCAAACAAGAGAGAAAUCAUGUAAAUGUCAGCAAUAUAGAAAGAAUUUCUGUCAAAGUUUAAGUCUUCCAUGUAUUGAGAUGAAGGAAGCAUCUCCCAAUAGUAAGCAUAAUGUAAGACUUAAUGCAGGCGUCCCCACCCUCGGCCCUCCAGCUGUUUUGCGAGUACAGCUCCCAUCAUCCCUGACCACUGGACCUGUUAGCUAGGGAUGAUGGGAGUUGCAGUCCCAAAACAUCUGGAGGGCCAAGUUUGAGGAUGCCUGACUUAAUGUAAUGUUACAUAGAGAGGGGGAGAGUGUUGCUUUGGAAGCAGGGCUGGGAAUAGUAGUAGUAGCAGCAGCAGCCGCAGUAGCAGCAGCAGUAGUAGUAUAUAUAACCUGCCCAUCUGGCUAGGUUUCCCAAUGCCCUCACUGUAGACAGCUUAAAAACAUGGGGGAAAACAUCAAGCAUAGAAAACCUCCUGAUACAGGGCUACCUUCUGAUGUCUCCUAAAAGUUGUGUAAUUCUUUAUGUCCUUGACGUUGGGCGCUACUGCCAAGACGGUCAUCUGCCUGGUUCCCUCUAACUUUGGUUCUCUGUGUGUAUUCUCCCACCACCAGAGGCUGGGUCCAUCUCUGCUUCACAGAUGAUCUUGCAGUGCAAACUUGGGCAGGGGUGGGACACCCCAUUUUGCAGCUGGCAUGCCUGGAUCAGUCCCUCCCCCCACUCUACUAAUCCCCAGAAUGAAGGGGUGGGGGGAGCCCUUCCCUGCUCUUCUGAUCUCCAAGGCCUGCUGUGGGUUGUGUGAUGCCCCAAACCAUUAUCCCACAGGACCCAUGGAUCCCCACUCUGGGGGAACAGAGGAGAGAGACUGAACAGGCCACCCGCCUCUUCUAAAAUGCCUCACCAGAGCAAAGCACCUGCUCUUCCUGAGACUGGAGUGAGUGAUGGGGGGAAGAGGGAGGAAAUGUGCAGAGACCCCCUCCAAAUCCAGUGUGCAUGACGGCAUGUCUUCUGCCAGGGGGAGCAACCCGCAGGGAAGGGGUGUGUUUCAGGACAUGCAAAGUCAGCGUGCAACCCAGUCAUGAGUUGGCUGUGUUGCCUGGAUCAUGCCUUAACCUCCUCAAGGAAGGAUUCAUUCUUUUCUGUCAUCUUGAUCUGGUGUUUUCCCUCCUCUCCCUGUCUUGCCCUUAUUUUUGUGCCUCAUUAAAAUAAACUAAUGCGAGUUGAA